AUGAAUGCUAUAAUCGUUUUAAUUUAUGUUCUUAUAUUUAGAAAUGUAGUCCAAAGUGAAUAUAGAUCUUUGAAUGGAUCAAAUAACUAUAAGAAUAACGAUCAGAAUAAUCUAGGAUUGGCAAAUUCGGCAUUUGUGCGUCAACAAGUGCCUAAAACCUUUUAUCAAGAUAAUCUUGGUAUUAUGAUAUCUACUCCAGGGAAUUACACUACACUCACAGCAGGUGUACGUUGUACAGAUCAAUUACCAGCUGGUAGCUUUCCAUUGCCUAGAUGUGUUAGUAAUCUUCUUCAUUCGUAUCAAUUACAAGCGAAUGAUGUUUUCAAUUUGACAUACUUGCAACAAUUUAAAUCUAAAAGAAGUAUUUCUCAUAUAGUCAGUGCUGGUCCAGAUAAUGGUCAAAGUUAUCCACAAGGGAUCUAUAUUCCUACAGAUGAUAGCACAUAUCAAUCUAAAUAUAUAGUUGGUCCAAAUAUUACAAUGAAUCAAGUAAGAUAUUCUGGACAUGCUGGAGUUGACGAGGGUACUCCUUUUCUUGACGCAUCUCAUAUCUACGGAGUAACAGAUGCUGAUAGUUCAUUGGUUCGUGAUACUGGUAAUAGAGGAAAAAUGAGACUCAUAACAUCAGAUCAAACGGAUGAUAGUAAAUUAGGGUACCCACCUAAGGAUGCAAAUGGCGAAUACAUUUUUGGGUACACUUCGCCUAGAGGCAGAAACGUUUUUACAGAUCUAUUCUACGUUAUUUUUUUACGUGAACAUAAUAGACUAUGUAAUGAAUUAUAUUCGCUUCAUGGUGACAGUUGGAGUGAUGAAACUUAUUUUCAAGAAGCAAGAAGAUGGGUUAUCGCGCUUAUUCAAAAGAUAACUUCUUACGAAUAUGUCGGAAUCCUUCUAGGAACCCCUUUACCAGUUUACAAAGGUUAUGACUCGAGUAAACAACCAGUCAUUGACACUUUCUUUGCGACUACUUCAAUGCGUUACGGCCAUAGCGAAGUUAGUGAUUCUUAUAAUAUCUAUAAUGAGAAAGGACUUGGGAUUACUACUUUACAAUUAAAUUCUCUUAUACAACCUCAUUUACUUGAAUUAUAUGGUGUUCCAGCUUUUGUAUUAUCGAUGGCUCUUCAAAUGCAAGAAGAAGUUGAUAUAUUUGUUAGCGAUCAGAUGCGAUAUUAUAUGUAUAAAACAGAAAUAAUGGACAUAUCAAGUCUUGAUUGUGUGAGAAACCGUGAUCAUGGGAUAGCAAAAUAUAAUGAUGCAAGACAAUAUUUUAAUUUGCCUCGAGCUCAAAAUUGGUCUGACAUAUCAUCAAAUCCUGUUGUACAACAACGUCUAAAAACUGUUUAUGGUACAGUUGAUCAAGUUGAAGCGUUUUCAGGAGGGCUUGCCGAAGAUCAUGUUGCUGGUUCAAAUCUAGGUCCUUUAUUUUAUAAUAGUUAUCUUAAUCAGUGGGCCAACAUUCGUGAUUCAGACAGAUUUUGGUCUCCAGCUGCUGGGUUUACUAGUGAUGAAAUAAAUACAAUCCACAAUACGACUUUGGCAAUGGUUAUUGCUAGAAACAUUCCAAAUACUGCCUCAAUUCCUACAAAUUUAUGGGUUGUUCAACCGGUUGUCGCUCCCAAUGUUUCCAGCUCGAGUAGUUCGAGUUUAUAUUCUCCAUAUAAUAUCCUAAAAUUCUCAAACACGUAUCAAGUCCAAUGGAGGAUAGAUGGUACAGAUCUUUAUUUAUUGAUGACCAUGCAGAGUACAAAUGCUUGGUUUGGCAUUGGAUUUAAUCCGUCGGAUGGUGGCAUGGUGGGUGCCGAUAUGACGAUUGUAACUGUCAAUAGCUCAUCGAUAGAGGUUGGCCUUUAUAUGCCAACCGCUUAUCAGAAACCUGACCGUGAUUUAACUAGCACUUUUCUUACUGUCUUAAGCAAAAAUACAACCAAUGGAUACACACAAGUGGAAGUAAAACGCCCCUUAAACGCUCCUAACCGACGACCAAUUACUAAUGCUAUGAUAACAACAAUUUAUGCCUUCAAUCCAUCAGUCAGUAUACUAACAUAUCAUGGAGGAAAUCGUGGAACUAUGGGAGUUAAUUUCUUUUCAGCAGCUACUGCUGCUACUACCACUGAGCAAUCCAGAAAAAUGCAAUUAACUCAUGGAAUUGGAAUGUUUUUAAUGUGGUGUGUCUUAUUUCCAGCAUCAAUCUGGAUAGUUAGGUAUAUGAGACAUAAGGAUUCAUAUAUGUUUCAGCAUCGUAACCUUCAAAUUAUUGGUGCAAUCUGUGUUGGAAUCUUUGGUGCUGUUGCGAUGUCUUCGGUUACAGUACAAUUUAGAGUCCCACAUGGAAUUCUUGGUACCACAAUUUAUACUGGUUUAAUCGUUCAAGUUGCGUUGGGAUUGUUGGCAAUAUUCGGUUUAGCUCACGUUGAAUCUGCUUGUAAGAAAUAA